AUGACCGUGACAAGUGGUAUAUCAGAGGAGGCCAAGCCAGAGGGCCUGACCCUCCAUCCUCUGGGAGGAGGAGGUGCGGAGGUCGCAUACCCUGAACAGGAGCCGCUGUGCAUCUUUGGGACAGGAGAUUUGGCCCGCUCCCUGGGCCUGCGCUUGCUGCAGACGGGCUGCAGGGUGGUGUACGGCAGUCGCAGACCUCACAGCUGCGGCCCUUUGCCAGAAGGAGCUCAAGUGAUGAGCCAUGAGGCGGCGGCCAAGGCAGCGCGGCUCAUCUUCAUUUGUGUUCACAGAGAACAUUACACAUUUGUGGAGACACUGACGCCUUAUCUGGAAGGGAAGGUGUUGGUGGACCUCAGUAACAACCUGAAGAAAGGCAUCUACCCAGAAGCCAACGCUGUCUACUUGCAGAGACUGGUCCCUGGAGCCACUGUGGUGAAAGGUCUUAACACUCUCUCUGCCUGGGCUCUGCAGAAUGGUCUUCUGACAGGAAAACAGGUCUACCUGUGUGGGAACAGUGCAGAGGCAAAGCAGGCUGUAGCAGAGGUGGCCACCAAGAUGGGUCUCACAGUUUUGGACAGGGGGUCUCUGUCUGCAGCCAGGGAACUGGAAGACUUCCCCCUGCAGCUGUUCCCAGAGUGGAGACUGCCCCUCCGAAUUGCCAUCGGCCUCGCCGCAUUCUUCUUCUUCUACCUGCUCAUCAGAGACGUCAUCUACGCCUAUGUGGAGCAAGGGAAAAACAUUUCCUACAGAAUCAUGGUGUCCCUGGCCAACAAGGUCUUUCCCAUCGUUUCGCUUGUCAUGUUGUCGUUGUGUUACCUGCCUGGUGUUAUUGCCGCCUUCUUUCAGCUAUACAGAGGAACUAAGUACAGGCGAUUCCCUAACUGGCUGGACCGCUGGAUGCUGUGCAGGAAGCAGAUGGGUCUGGUUGCACUGGGUUUUGCUUUCCUCCACGCAAUCUAUACGUUCAUCAUUCCGAUUCGCUACGCUGUCAGGCAUAAACUCAUCUCCCGUGUGGUGGACGAGAUGAAGAACAACAAAACCACCCCGUUUGACUUUAAUGACACAGAAGCAUGGGGGACUGACUCCUUCUACGUCCUGGGCAUCCUGGGGUUCUUCCUCUAUGUCCUGCUAGGCCUAACGUCGUUGCCCUCUGUGGGAGGUUUGCUCAGCUGGAGGGAGUUCACCUUCAUUCAGUCUAAACUAGGCCACGUAACCCUGCUCAUAUGCACAGCACACGGUUACAUUUACGGCUGGAAUAAAUUCCUCCGCCCCUCUACGUACAAGUGGUACACCCCCCCGGGCUACAUGCUGUGUCUGGUGGUGCCCUCCGUGGUGCUGGUGCUCAAAAUGCUUCUCCUGCUGCCGUGUGUGGAUCGCACGCUCACCCGCAUUCGGCAGGGCUGGGAGCGGAGCCAAUCGUCGAGGGAGGAGACGGGGGACAUCAAGGCGACCAACCUGUGA